AUGGGUAGCACUGACUUGGAUCCGAAAGACUACACAAAAUUGUUCUUGAAUGGACAAUACGUUGCAGCCAAGAACAAAGAGACGUAUAGCCUUAAAAACCCCAAAGAUAACACUGUCGUUAUCCCCAACAUCCCGGUCGCCGGUCCUGCAGAUGUUGAGGCAGCUGUGAAAUAUGCCGAAGAGGCUUUUCAUGGGCCAUGGAGUCGAUUUACAGCUAUACAACGUACCGAAUGUUUUCUCAAAUUAGCUUCGCUGCUUGAGGGAGAGCUCACGCCAAUUUUAACUCUGGACUCAAAAACGUCAGGCAUUCCCGUUUCUCUAGCUCCAGUUCGUGAGCGAAAUUAUAUCAGGAAUUGCGUGCUAUAUUACUCUGGGUGGACGGACAAACAGAAAGGGGACUACUUCCCUGCUGAUGAUGGAUUUGUGAAGUUGGUUCGACACGAGCCCCUGGGUGUUUGUGCUGCCAUCAACCCCUUCAAUGCAGCUCUGGCAACCCUCUUUCUCAAGGCUAUACCAGCACUUGCAACCGGAAACGUGAUAAUUGUGAAACCAAGUGAGAAGACACCACUAGGAUCCUUAGCUGUUGCGCCUCUAUUCGCCAGAGCUGGCUUUCCUCCUGGAGUUCUUCAAGUUAUCACUGGAGCCGGAUCUACUGGUGCAUUACUUGCCGAGCAUAUGAGGAUUCGCAAAGUCAGCUUUACUGGCUCAGUCGCAACAGGCAAGAAUAUCCAAAUCGCCGCUGCUCGAAGCAACUUGAAACGAGUCACGUUAGAGCUAGGAGGAAAGAGUCCGGCCGUCAUAUUCGACGAUGCAAAUCUCGAAAAUGCACUCAAAUGGACGAUUGAUGGAAUUUUGACGCGAAGUGGACAACUUUGUGUUGCUGCUUCGAGGGUGUAUGUCCAGAAGAGCGUUGCGGAUCAAUUCAUUAAUGAAUAUAAGAAAAGAAUGAAGGACGCUAUCAAUGACUAUGGAGAUCCUCAAGAUCCAGCUGUCAAACUAGGACCCAUGGUUGAUCAGCCACAGCUUGAGCGGGUAAAAACCAUAGUAGAGCGAGGAAGAUCUGAGGCCGAGCUAGUUGUCGGAGGCUCACAGCACGGCGAUGCAGGGUGUUAUAUGGAACCCACGGUAUUCUUGAAUCCGAAGGACGACGCUGAAAUUUAUCGAAAUGAGAUUUUUGGCCCAGUCAGUAUCAUCAAGACAUUUGAAACGGAGGAAGAGGCUUUAAAGCUUGCCAACGACACCGAGUUUGGUCUGAUGUCUGGGGUCUUCACAAAGGAUAUCACAAGAGCUCUGCGGAUGUCUUCCGGCCUGGAAUCAGGUGUCGUCGGUAUCAAUUGUGUCAGCGUCCAAAACAUACAAGUGCCUUUUGGGGGGAAGAAGCAGAGCGGUAUUGGGCGGGAAUUCGGAGAGUAUGCGUUGAGAUUGUAUACCGAACCAAAGACAGUCCUUAUCAAUAUGGCUGCAUAG